GAUGAGAGUGAGGACGAGUCAGACAUCUUGGAGGAAAGUCCCUGUGGCCGCUGGCAGAAACGCAGAGAGGAGGUGAGAGUGGAGCAGGAAGCUGAGCUGUCACAGGAUCAGCUGAAAAUGAAGGACAGAGUAUUAUAUGUUCAAGAAGUUGUCCUGAGCCACGUCUCCCUCUCUGUAUCAGUCAAAGUUCGAUUUGACUCUUGAGGCCAGAGAACAGGAGAUAUACACAUUCAGCAAAUGGAUACAACACAACAAAGAGUUAAAUAGUGAAAAGCAGCACAACAAGGGCUCAUGUUCAGUACUUGUGCAAGUGAACAUAGGCAACUGGGCCUGCUUGUGUUUCUUGAAGGAUUUCAGCUCUCAUCCAAAAGGCUUCUUCUGUUCAGGAGCCAACGGAGAGAGGCAGACCCUCUCUAAAAAAACCUCUCCAAUUAACCCAACCCCAAUCUGCAUGAGUACCCAGAGUAAACCACAGAAGAAACCCCACACAGAAAGGACCAUGGCCCAACAGGGAUUUAAACCAAACCAAAGUUCAACCCACAUCAGUAUGAUUUAAAAACUGCCUGAAAUGACAGGAACCAUCUGUGGAGAAAAUUGUAUUUGAAGACUCUAUUUACUUAUUGGCCCGUGUCCCAUCAUCUAGCAUUAAAUGUAUGAUCUCAUGAGCCACUUUUCUGUUCCCGUUAAACGUAGGUGAAUCAGCGUAAUGUACCCGGGAUAGAUGCUGCGUACUUGGCUAUGGACACAGAGGAGGGUGUGGAGGUAGUUUGGAAUGAAGUCAUGAUCUCGGAGAGGAAGAACUUCAAACUGCUGGAGGAAAAGGUCAAGGCUGUAUUUGAUAACCUGAUCCAUUUGGAACAUGCAAAUAUUGUCAAGUUUCACAAGUACUGGGCUGACACAAAGGAGAACCGGGCGAGGGUGAUUUUCAUUACAGAAUAUAUGUCAUCCGGAAGCUUGAAGCAGUUCCUGAAGAAGACUAAGAAGAAUCACAAAAGUAUGAAUGAAAAGGCUUGGAAGAGAUGGUGCACUCAGAUCCUGUCUGCUCUCAGUUAUCUCCACUCAUGUGAUCCACCCAUCAUCCAUGGCGACCUGACCUGUGACACCAUCUUCAUUCAGCACAACGGGCUCAUCAAGAUCGGAUCAGUUGCUCCGGACACUAUUAACAGCCAUGUGAAGACCUGUCAAGAGGAACAGAAGAACAUGCACUUCUUUGCUCCAGAAUAUGGAGCUGUUGAGGAGAUCACUACUGCAGUAGACAUUUACUCAUUCGGCAUGUGUGCAUUAGAGAUGGCACUCCUGGAGAUCCAGGGGAAUGGAGAGUCCUAUAAUGUUUCUCAGGAGGCCGUAAACAAUGCGAUACAGUUACUGGAGGACCCACUGCAGAGGGAGUUAAUCCAGAAGUGCCUCGAGCGUGAUCCUAUUACAAGACCUACAGCCAGAGAGCUGCUCUUCAACCAGGCUCUGUUUGAAGUACCUCAGCUAAAACUGCUGUCUGCACAUUGUAUUGUUAGCCACCAACACACGAUACCUGAAAAUGCUCUAGAGGAGAUAACCAAGAACCUGGACCCCAACCUGGUCAUUGCUGAGAGUAAAGAGGGUGUGCAGCUCAAGCUCUCACAGUUUCCUGCUUUAGAACUUGAUAAAUUCCUGGAGGAUGUCCGGAAUGGUAUUUAUCCAAUGACGGCGUUCGGGCUGCCCUGUCCUCAGCAGCCUCAACGGGAGACGGUUAAAUCUCCUGUCGUCGUCCCCUUGGUCAAAUCCCCAACCCCUGAACCUGCAGAGCUCGAGACACGACGGGUCAUUCAAAUGCAGUGUAAUGCUGAACCUGUUGAGGAGGGUGCAAGGUUUCAUCUUACAUUACUGCUGAAACUGGAUGAUAAACUGAACAGACAUCUAAGCUGUGACAUGCUACCCAAUGAAUCUGGUCAAGAGCUGGCUGAAGAGUUGGUGCAGCUGUGCUUCAUCAGUGAGUUGGACCAAAACAAAAUUGCCUGUCUGCUAGAAGAAAGUUGCAGUCAAGCUAUUCACUAGCUUCUAAGUACAAUCUUUCAACCCUGUUACACACUUUGUUUUGAAUACUCAACUCAAUCACCAUAUUGUUUUUUUUUUUGCACUGUCUUUUAUACUGAGCUGGAGUUUGCAAUGUGACCAAAACUCUAGGGAUUUUCCUUGGAAUAGGGGAUUAAUGCUUCCUGUAGAGCCAGUUUUACUCCAAAGCCACUGAGAGAGAUUUCACAUAUUCUGUAAGUAAAUAUACUCUAUAUAAAUGGAUGCAAGGGCGUUGAAACACGAUCUAUAAAGCAGGCAAUUGCGUGGGGCCCAUGAACUGAGAGCGGACCCUGACAACAGCUGAUUUUAUUAGUCCACAAUUUUGUAAGAUUUUGUGAGGAUCGGUUUGGUUCAGUAUGAGGCCCCCAGGUCCCUUGAACCACUCCUCCAUAGAUUGGAUUCUUUUGAAUGAGCUAACUCUGAUGUUGCUGUUGAGUUUAUUUAAAAGGUAAACCACAAUAAGGCUGCAACACACUUGAUCACAACAUAACUGUCUAGAUUAUUUACAGCUUUACAAUGACAUCCAAUAUUUUAUUAAGCACACAGUUGCAUUUUAGUGAGAGGGGUUUAUUUUGUCAUAGAUUGUGUAUUGUCUGGUCUGUCUGGUCUAAAACAUCAUCAUAACUGAUUGAGGCCUUCCCUGGAGUCACACCACUCAACCGGUGUACAACAUUUUUAUAGUUGUUCCUCACGUUUUGACCAGCAGCAAAACUUUGACUCUCCUAGAAAUAAAGAGACACAUUCUAUCCAAAGAAAAUGUACAGAUUAAGCCAAUCAACUCUGUUCAUCCAUUCUCACUUGCCCCUCUGCCUUGGCUCUUUUUAAUUACCUCGUACAACACAACAUUCCCAGCUCUUUGGCUUUUGUGACCUGUGAGACCAAACUCACCUAUCAAAUUAGAUGUAUAGAAUAGUUUAGAAACUGGAUUGCAAAGCUGGAAAUAACCAUUGCUAUUUUUUUUAUAGACAAAUACCUGGGGUGAAUAUUUUUAAAAGGCCUUUGAUACAGAACAAAAUGUAUGUGCAUUGCUGCAUACCACAUUCUGGAAAGGCGUCUUGCCAGCUCGCUCUGGAGGAUGGUUACUGUGAGGUACUGUGAACUCAGUGUUACUGAAUUUUUGUUUGUGUCUUUGUUUUUCUUAUUGCGCUCCACUGUUUGCCUUAAUGUGGGUGACCUACACAGAUGCCUUAAAGUUCUCUUUUCUUUAUUGGUUUUUACCCUUAUUAUUCUUGUAUUGACUGUUUUACCGUUUGCUGCUUUUUGGGUUCACACAUGUUACUCUGCCUAAAACUCAUUCACAUGUGACGUGUGUAGUGAACUUGGCUGCCAUAUGCUGUAGAGAGAGAACCUGGCCCUUCCUGUUACAUCUCUGUGAUAAUGUCAUGUUUUAUUCAUGUUACAGAUACAGUAUAUCAUAUUUUUCUUUACACACGCUCCCAUUUAUUUAUGUGGCAUCACAUGGAAACUACAUUGUUGUUUGAGCCCAUAUACAACUUGUCUUGUUUUAUAACAGAGCAUUAGAUUCAAGUGGGAUAUAGUGGAUUUACAUCAUCCUUCACAAAGUGCUCUGAAACUUUAAUACAUCAUUUAGCAUAAUACAGGCCUUGUUUAGAUAAAGGAGUUUUCUGAUGCCUAUUUCUGACAUUUUGGCUCAGAACUCUUUGUGCACUACUGGUACUACUGUGUCUAGAUGCUCACACAGAUUCACACCUGUAACAGGCAGUAAGAAUGUAAAGAAGAUCUGGUGUUCUGAAUAUGUGUAGAAAAGCAACUGUUAAGAUAUUAUUUCAUACACAUACUUCUCUUGUCCUGAUAUUUUCCUUUAGGUACAUUUUAAAAUGUCCUCUCCCUCUCCCUGCUUAACUGAAAACCUCCGUACGAGCUUUCAAACAGAGCUUUCCUCUUAUGCUGGAUUUUGAUAUAUAUAUACAGUGAAAUCACUGAAAUAUUAAUCCAAUGACUCCUCUUGUAUUUCUGAAGUGUUGAGCUUUUUGUUUGUAUUCAGGUAUCUUUGUGCUUCAAUCUGAUUUUCUUUUUCCUGCACAUAACAUGUCAAGUCCAUGCUCAAUGCAUUGUUUACUGUGUUCUCCUGUGUUUGAACUGCUAAGAUUGUAAAUCCCAAAGAUAUGUCCUAAAACUAGCCAGUAGAAUGUAAAUGCACCACUCCUGGUGUAGAGAAGUGGUGAAAACCAACCAAUGUGACCUGAGCAGCUUUACGCUGACUGUCUUGGCUCCGUCUCUUUCUCUCUCUCUUUAUCAUCUUUUCCUCCUAAAUGAUUGGUGUUGCGGAAACUGGUAAUUAAAUUAUCGUUGGUAUGGGAUGGGCAGCUUAAGCCUGUUACUCCAGGGUUUGAGCUUUUGGUUUUAUUUGGAUGUUGUAAUAUUUUGUGUUUGACAUGGAUGUGAGUAAAUGUAUGUCUUUUCUGAGACUUGCAUCCUGCAAAGUGUGACACUUUCAAAUAAAUGUGUAAAGUGCUGGA